AUGAUCUUAAAACCCAAUUGCAAUAGAACAUCUGAGAAAUAUCUGUAUUCUUCAAACAAGGACGCGUCUUCACAUAAAUCUUUGAUUUCAAAUCCAUGUUCCAUUGAGGAUAGUCACUCUGAUACGCUACAAAGAGAGGUUACUAGUAAUAGUUAUAGGGACCAUAAUAUCAACAUGAUCAAUUCUAUCAACAACCCUUUUCAAAGUCCUUCUAGAAAUGUGCGAAAGGACGUAUAUGACUUUGAUGAAGGGGAUGAAUUUGUCUUUGGCUCUUUAGCAAUUAAGCCAUCUACGCCCCAACGACUUGCCGUUACUACGUGGACAGAAGACCAAAGAGAAUGCUUAGAAGCUGCAAAGCAGAUUAUUAAAUCUAAUGUCUAUUCAUCUAUCAUUAUUCGGACAUAUCAUCCUAAACGCAAACAGCAAGAAUCAUCUGGAGAUGUUGAGGUGGAUCCAGCUACCGUCGAUUCUGAAACUUCAUUUGUAGUAAAGAAAAGGAAAAGUAGCUGGACGGAAGAGGAUGAAACGUGGUUUCGAUGCAAAAUCGACGAACUCUUACAAGCGCGAUCGAUUUCUCCUAACCAAAUGAAAGAAAUCCUGGAAACUUCGGAUGCUAAGACACGCUUAUUUGGGUUCUUGGAGUCUGCAAGGUUGUGCUUGCAGCGCUCUGAGAACUCCUUGUUGGCGUAUAUGCGAGCCAUUUUCGAAGUGACUGGUUAUGAAAGACGAUCUAUUCAAGAUAUCGCUCUUGAAACCGCCGAUUCAUCGAUUCCUGUCUUUGACCGUAGAGAUGCCGAGUAUAUUCAUGGCUGUGUAUUGUCAUUUUGUGAAAACGAGGGCAUCACGUUAGAUGAAUUUGGUUAUCGUAUAUGUAAUCCCAACAUACGGUACACCGGACAGCAAUCAUUGUAUAACGAAAUCCUGCUAGAGAUUCAAAAGGACAUUGACAAAAAGUCUCUUAUAAAUUAUAUAAAAUUCGUAUAUUGUCCGAAAAACGAACAGGAAAGCUGGAGUGAAGAAACGUCUCAGAGGCUUUAUCAACUGGUAAGUGAACAAGGAACGAAGUGGAAUUGGAUUGCAAUUCAGUUAGGUCUCCCGUCAGAAGAAUGCGCCCUACUAUGGAAAUUUGCAGCAAAGCCUUCUAAUAGUUCUUCUGCAAAGUCUUUGACGAGCAGUUCAAAGUCCGGCUCUACAAGUUCAUUUGGAGAAUCUACUCGUGAGGGAUCUGAAUUUGAUUUCAAGAUCCGUUCGUCGACUGAUAAGGAGAGUCUUGUGAAGACUCAAAAAGCGGAAGACCAUCCCAAACCCAGUGCCGGAGAUACAAAUGAAGAGCCCUCGGUUACGAAAUCGAAAUCUGAUGAUAAAAAUAAACAGGGAAAGAAAAAAAGUAAUAAAAAGAAAAAGAAAAAAAACGCAUCCAGGUUUUAUGCUGGAGAUAGUUUACAGCUAUUAGAGCAUGUUCACACUUCUGUACCAGCGGAUGCGAAAAUCACAGCAGAUUUGGAUUGGAAUCGAAUCUCAAACGUGAUGUCUAAAUGGACAAACGAAGAGCUUAAAUUACAAACCGACAACUUAAUUUCUACUGUCAAAGGAUGGAAGAAAAAACCUCUUCACCAGAAUAUCAAAGCAGCCAUUGAUGAAUUAAAAACUUUACCCCAAGGAACAUUAAAGCAGACGAAUCGGAAAAACUAA